AUGAUUAAUUACCAAUAUGAAAUAAGAUAAAAAAAGUAAACAUUACAACAAAAUCCAAAAAAUUAAAGCAAAGGUUCUAAAUAGCAAGUGACUUAGAAACUACCUGAUGAUAUGGUAUCGUGUAUCUCGAGAUAUAAAAAUUAUGAUAGGAAUCAGAAAUCAGAGACUGUUUCAAUUUUUAUGAUCCCUCUAGAACAGGAUUUAUCAAUCGUUAGAACAUGAGAUCAAUUUUGGGGAACUUCGGUUUCAUUAAUAAAACUGUUAAAGACAUAGAAGAAGAAAUUAGAGAUAUUGUUGAAGAGUAUAUUAUUUCACUUCUAUUCUUAAUAGGACUCGAGAUAGUUUUUCUUUAAAAGAUGUUAUAUAAUUGAUUUCCAAAAAAUGGUUUGAAAAUAAAGGUAGAGAUGAAGAAAUUGAUGAAAUUUAUGAAUUGUUCGUGAGAAAGUAUAACAUAAUUAAUAAAUCAAAGGGAUCGUAAAGUUGGAUUACCUGAAAUUAAAAACGUAUUUGCAUAAUAUCUUGAUAUUCAAAUAAGUGAUGCAGAUAUUUUGGAAUUCAUCUCAGAUGCAAGUAAAGAUAAAGAUGGAUUAACAAAAGAAGAUAUUGCAUCUAAAAUGGGUUACAUUUGA